CUGAACUCAUGGUUUGAGUCAGAACAGAUUCGCGGCGUCGAAAAUGGAUAAAUUUGGAGGAAUUUCUUUGUGAGAAGAAAAUCAUUGCGUGGAAUUAAAUGGGAAAUAAUUUGCUGGAUCUUUAGCGAGUACAGAAAUACGUCGCUGUUUGGAUUACCCGACGUGAGAGAAAAGUCCUGCCUGUGAACAGAAGUAGAUCAUGGCGUUACACCAGGGGGCACUGUCGGUGUUUGAGAACAACGUAGGUGUCAGCGAUGCUGUCCUUCUUGACCCCAUGACAGAGGACGCUUUUAUAGCCAAUCUUGAAGAACGGUUCAAACAUGAUCAGAUAUAUACCUACAUUGGGAAUGUGGUUGUGUCUAUGAACCCCUACACACGCCUCCAGCUGUACACGCCUAGCGUCAUCGAGGAAUACCGCAGCAGGAACAUAUACGAGCUGCCGCCACACAUAUAUGCUAUUGCUGAUGAUGCCUACCGGUCGAUGCGGGACAGAAACCUGGAUCAAUGUAUCAUCAUCUCCGGGGAGAGCGGCUCCGGCAAAACUGAGGCCAGCAAGGUGAUCAUGCAGUAUGUUAUGGAGGUGUCGAGGAAGGGACAGGACAUCGACCGGAGUCAAGAACAGCUGCUGCAGUCAAACCCAGUCCUUGAAGCAUUUGGUAGCAUGAAGACUACCAGGAAUGACAACUCCUCCAGAUUUGGCAAGUACAUGGACAUAGAGUUCGACUUUAAGGGCGACCCCAUCGGUGGAGUCAUAACAAACUACCUGCUUGAAAAGUCGAGAGUGGCCGCCCAGGGACCUGGAGAGCGUAGUUUCCACAUCUUCUACCAACUGCUGAGUGGAGCAGAACCAGCAUUGCUUGAGAGCUUGAAGUUGACAAGUGACCACAACAGCUAUCAGUUUCUCAACAAAAGUGGAUGUAUUAACGUCCCUGCAAUAAAUGACAGUGAGAACUUCCAUUCAAUCAGGAAUGGUAUGGAGGUCAUUGGCUUCCACCAGAAGGAAGUGAUGGGUGUCUUGCAGUUGGUGGCAACGAUCCUGAAACUGGGAAACAUCACCUUCCACCACAAGGGCAACGAUGAUGGCACAGACGGAUGUGACAUCGGCAGCACCCAAGAGGUGUCUGAAGUGUGUGAACUGCUGGAGUGCUCUGCCCAGACCUUAUCAGCAGCCUUGACUCAGCGUACAGUUGAAGUUCGUGGAGACAAAGUCAAAACUGACCUGAACUCAGGGGAGGCGUUCUAUGCCCGAGAUGCCCUAUGCAAGGCUCUGUACAGUAGGAUGUUUUCCUGGCUCGUGCAGAGGAUCAACGACAGUAUCAAGGUGAAGAAGAAAGUGAAAACCAAGGUGAUGGGAGUGCUGGAUAUUUACGGGUUCGAGGUGUUCCAGCACAACAGCUUUGAGCAGUUUAUCAUCAACUACUGCAAUGAGAAACUACAGCAGAUCUUCAUAGAGCUGACCCUCAAGGAGGAACAGGACGAGUACAUCAAGGAGGGUAUUGAAUGGAUCCAAGUGGACUACUUCAACAACUCUGUCAUCUGUGACCUUAUUGAGAAGAACAACAUCGGCAUCCUCGCCCUCCUGGAUGAGGAAUGUCUGCGACCAGGAACUGUGUCUGACAAGACUUUCCUGCAGAAGCUAGACUCUCGCUGCUCAGAACACCCCCACUAUGAGAGUCGCAACUGCAAGAAGACCCAGUCAGACAAGUCUCUGCCCAUGACGCCCUUCAGACUGAAGCACUACGCUGGGAAUGUUCUGUACAAAGUUGAAGGCUUCAUCGACAAGAACAAUGACCUGCUGUUCCGGGACCUGUCCCAGUCCAUGUACUCCUGCUCCAACAUGCUCCUGAAGACUCUCUUCCCUGAAGGAAACCCUGCCCAGAAGUCCCUAAAGCGACCAGCCACUGCAGGAUCACAGUUCAAGAUAUCUGUGACGGAGCUGAUGAAGAACCUGCUGUCCAAAAACCCUAACUACAUCCGCUGUGUGAAGCCGAAUGAUGACAAGAAGGCCGGGGCUUUUGAUCUCUCCAUCGUGAGGCACCAGGUUCGAUAUCUCGGGUUGAUGGAGAAUGUGAGAGUAAGACGUGCAGGGUACGCCUUUCGCCAAAACUACGAUGCAUUCCUGUACCGCUACAAGAUGCUGGCCCCCGAGACAUGGCCGCACUGGGAGGGGCUGAACAGCAAGGGGGUGGAGACCAUCCUGCAGGCACAGAGGAUCCAGUCCGAGGAAUACGCCAUCGGCAAGACCAAGAUAUUCAUCAGGAACCCAAAAACUCUGUUCGACAUGGAGGAGCAGCGCCGGAAGCGGAUGCACUACCUGGCGACUCUGAUACAGAAGCUAUGGAAGGGCUGGCGGCAGAAGAUGCUGUACAGACGAAUGAAGCGCAGUCAGAUCGUCCUGUCUGCCAACUGGAGGGCAUUCUGGGCCAAGAAGUGCUACAGGAGGAAGAAGAGAGGUGCAUUGAUCAUCCAGUGCUACUCCCGGGGAUGGAAGGCCCGAAGAUUAUUGCGGAAGCUCAAACAUGAGCGCCGACGCUUGUUAGCGUCAAUCGUCAUCCAAAAGACUUACAAAGGCUGGCAGGCCCGACGGUUAUUGGCGAAACUCAAACAUGAACGAAAAUGUUUGUUGUCAUCAAUUGUGAUCCAAAAGACAUUUAGAGGAUGGCAGGCUCGAAACUGCUAGCUAAACUGAAGCAUGAGAAGCGGGUCCUAUGGGCAGUCACGGUGAUACACAAGUUCUUCCUUGGCUGGAAGAUCAGAAAGGAAUACAGUGCAAAGUUCAGGAGAAUUGCUGGACCAAAGAUCACAAGAUUCUUCAAAAUAGCAUUG